UUUUUUAAGUCAGAACUUCUGUCAACAGUUUUAUAUACACUUCUAGUUUUCCGUUCGCGUUUUGUUUUUUCUCUCUUUCACACACACCUCACAACACAAAGUGUCUUGCAUCCAAAUGAGAAAUUAAAGAAUGUCAUCGUCGAAUAUAAGGGUUGUCAAUCCAUCAUCAAGCACUUCAUCGCAUUUCUCAUCAUCCCAACUUCAAGAAGAACAAAAUAAUAUUCUCCUGCAAGACAUCCACUCAACCAUAACCGAGCUUCAGUUCAACUUAAUGGAACACCAUCGUAACGAACUCAAUCUACGAACAACAAUGAAUGCCCAAAGCGAACAGCUGCUUGAUCUAAGGGCAUCCUUGGACGUUGAACGUAGCCGCAAUCAACGAUUGGCCAAGCUUAUUCGUCGAGUUGACUCGACGACCUCGUGUUCGUCAACUGAUAGUGGGUCAGAGGAUUCUGCCGGUUCAAUGGAAUACUCCCGUUGGCGUCACUCGAGAUCGCCCAUUGAUGCUUUCGAGUCAAUUAGUCCGCUUUUGAUGCAACACAGAUAUCAGGAGCUAUCAACGUCGUAUAAAAAAGGACAUCGCCAACUGGCUAAGAAGGAUGCCAAACUAAGGGAGACGCAAUGUGAAAUUGAGAUGCUCCGAGCCAAGUACGACAAUUUAAUGGAUGAAUACAAGGGCGUCCUGAAACGUGUCGAGCAAUUGUGCUGCAAGUAUCUGCGGCUUCAUGCGAACAAGAAUCGAGAGAUUCUUAAGUUGAAGGAAGCACUUGACCAUGCAACGCAAUGUAUAAUGAGUGAUUCUAACUUUGAUGAGAAUGACAAAGAAGUCCUGAGACAAAAUCUACAGUAUUUUAUAAGAUCGUUAAAAAGAAGCAUACACGAGGAAAUAUACGAUACGAAUUAG